AUCGUGAACAAAGAAAAAACACGAGGAACAUUAAUGGAUGAUGAAAUCACCAACAUGACCGCUAUCUUUAGACCCCACCCUGAUUGCCGGAAACCACGGAUUCUUUUGAUCGAAGGGGAACCUGGUAUGGGAAAAACCACCUACUCACAAAAACUGGCGUAUGACUGGGCAAAUGAACAAGAUGAAUGGGACGCAUCUUUUCCAUCGAUUGAAGUGCUGCUCUUGCUUCGAUGCAAUGAUAUCAAAUCUGGCAUCUGGGAAGCGAUUGACGAUCAACUUCUUCCUGAUGAUAUUGACAAACAGGCUAAAGAGAAUUUUUUCACAUACAUCCAGGAAAAUGAGGCCAAAGUUCUCCUACUACUUGAUGGUUUGGACGAAGCAGAUUCCCGUAAACUAGACAUGUACUACUCGCUCGUUCAGAGUAAACUCCUCGCAGCUUGUCACAUUGUCGUUACUUCUCGUCAUGAGGCUGGAAAGAAAGUAAGGCCAUACUGUGACACCCUGUGGGAGAUUGUAGGAUUUUCUAAAGAGGAUGCCGAAAGUUUUAUCAGAAAGUAUUUUAAAGGCAAGGAACACUUGGCUGAGAAGCUGAUUAAACGAUUGAUACUCCCAGAGUAUUCCACUGGUGAUCCGCUCGAAACGUUAGGCGAGUUAACUAAAAAUCCACUUAAUACAGCUUUACUAUGUUGUCUUUUCGAGGAUUUCGAAGGUGUCCUUCCAACAAGCAGAACUGAGCUGUACGUUGAAAUGGUUUUCUUUGUUUUAAGAAGAUAUGAGAAAAAAAACGGACUUGGAAGCACCGAUGAAGACUUGAUUUUAGUGUAUAAAAAACAACUUUUGCAGUUGGGCAGCUUCGCCUUCGAAUCCCUCCUCAAAGGGGAGUUAUACUUUGAAAAAAAGGACGAAAUCGUCAAGCCUAUCAAUUUUGGAUUCUUUUCUUUUCAGCAAGGUGGCUCCAAGCGCAAGCCUUGCACGCGUUGUGCAUUUUUACACAAGAGCUUUCAGGAGUUUUUUGCUGGCUUUUUUCUUGCGUUUCAGAUUAUCGACAAAGAAAGAGACUUUUCUUCACUUGCAGAUGAUAAGAGAUACUUGGAUAAACUGAGACAAGUCUUUUUGUUCAUGAGUGGAAUCAUAGCCUCACGUAGUGAGGAAACUGCCGUAUCGUUCUUUAUUAAUAUCGCUGAAAAAAUCAACUCUGCCGAAGACUAUAAGUCAUAUUUCAAGUUAGCUUGUGAGUGCUUGUUGGAAUGCUCAAGUGAUGAGGAAAACGUUCAAACUCGCUUAGUUCGUACUUUAGGUGAGCACCUUGACAUGUCCCUGACUAAAGAUUUUUACUUAACUGGGAUAAACGCUGCUGGUGCUGCUGCAAUUUCCAUAGCCCUCACAGGAAACUCCUCCCUGAUUACUUUGGAUUUGGGUGAUAACAUUAUAGGUGAUGCCGGUGUUUCGUCUCUUUCCCAGGCCCUCAAAGAAAACUCCUGCCUAAAUACUUUGAAUUUAAAUGGUAACCGUAUUGGUGAAGCCGGUGCUUCUUCUCUUUUUCAGGCUCUCACAGCAAACUGCUUCCUAAAUACUUUAACUUUAAGUCGUAACCUUUUGGGUGGCGCUGGUGUUUCUUCUCUUUCUCUUGCCCUCACAGCAAACUCCUCACUGACCACUUUGGAUUUAAGUCGUAACCUAAUUGACGACGCAGGUGCUUCUUCUCUUUUCCAGGCCCUUACAGCAAAUUCCUCCCUGACUUCCUUGGAUUUGAUGUAUAACAGUAUUGGUAACGAUGGUGCUUCUUCUCUUUCUCAGGCCCUC